UCUUGCAGGCAGUAGGCGCAAAAGCAGAGCUCUGUAUCGCUGCGCUUUUCCACACGGAAUUAUUAACGGGAAACAACGCAAGGACUGCGGGAUGUAUCCUAAUGUAGGUUGCUUAACUGCAGACGUUAUUUAAACUUUGUUUUGAUUACGCACAGAUCUCGCAAUGAUUCACGGCUGCUUUCUGGAUAUUUUACUCUACUGAAUGGCUCUGAGUUGGAUACUAUAGCAUCCAAAAACGCACGGACUACACGCGCUCCAAUCCGGCUGGACUACACCCGCAGCGGUUUCCAGGGCGACCCAACCUAACUUUGUGUAUGAGGGGGGAUAUCACCUGUGCCAAUAUUUACAGACGACAGACGCUCAGUGUCGCGGUGACCAUGCCCGGGAUGAUGGUGUCGUUCAGCGGAGCAGCACUGCUCGUCUUGUCCGGGCUGGUCGGUCCGCUCUGCGUGGUGCAGGCUUUCGGCGACGAGGUGGAGGAAAUGACCUGCGACCCGAUCCGAAUCAGCAUGUGCCAGGGUCUCGGUUACAACGUCACCAAGAUGCCCAAUCUGGUCGGCAACGUGCUGCAGUCGGACGCCGAGCUGCAGCUGACCACGUUCACACCGCUCAUACAGUACGGCUGCUCCAGUCAACUUAAGUUCUUCCUGUGCUCAGUCUAUGUGCCAAUGUGCACAGACAAGGUUCCUAUCCCCAUUGGUCCGUGUGGUAGCAUGUGUCUGUCCGUCAAGAGAAAAUGCCUCCCGGUGCUCCACGAGUUUGGCUUUAUAUGGCCUGAGGUGCUCAAUUGCAGCCUCUUCCCACCUCAAAACGACCACAACCACAUGUGCAUGGAGGGCCCGGGGGACGAAGACCCGCCCUAUCAGCCUGUCCGCCAUCCUCCCCACCAGGAGGAGUGUCAGGCACUGGGAUCUGAACCUGACCAGUAUACUUGGUUAAAACAGACCGAAAGCUGUACUCUCCAGUGUGGCUACGACAGUGGGCUCUACCGACGAGGGGCCAAAGUCUUCACAGACGCGUGGAUGGCGGUGUGGGCCGUGCUGUGCUUCCUGUCGACCACUCUGACCGUCCUGACCUUUCUGUUGGAUUCACAGCGCUUCUCCUACCCUGAGAGGCCCAUCAUCUUCCUAUCUAUGUGCUGUAAUCUGUACAGCAUUGCCUACCUGGUACGUUUGACUCUGGGCAGGGAGCGUGUUUCCUGUGACAUAGAUGCCACCGCAGUACCAAUUCUAGUACAAGAAGGGUUAAAGAGCACCGGCUGUGCCAUAGUCUUCCUCCUGCUCUACUUCUUUGGCAUGGCUUCCUCACUCUGGUGGGUGAUCCUGACCCUCACUUGGUUCUUGGCUGCUGGACUGAAGUGGGGCCAUGAGGCUAUUGAAAUGCACAGCUCUUACUUUCACAUAGCAGCCUGGGCCAUCCCGGCCAUUAAAACUAUCGUCAUCCUCAUUAUGCGACUGGUCGAUGCAGACGACCUAACUGGACUCUGCUAUGUUGGCAACCAGCAGCAGGAGGCACUCACAGGCUUUGUGGUAGCACCACUUGCCACAUACCUUCUAAUAGGCACUCUGUUUAUCUGUGCUGGCCUAGUGGCUCUUUUCAAGAUCCGCUCCAAUCUGCAGAAGGACGGUGCCAAAACAGACAAGCUGGAGCGUUUAAUGGUGAAGAUCGGAGUGUUUUCUGUUCUCUACACCGUCCCGGCAUCCACCGUCAUUGGCUGUUACCUCUACCAGCUCUCUCACUGGGGGGAGUUCAGGGCCAGCACCCGGGACUCAUACGUGGCAUCAGAGAUGCUUCGAAUCUUCAUGUCACUGCUUGUAGGCAUCACAUCAGGCAUGUGGAUCUGGUCAGCAAAAACCCUCCACACCUGGCAGCGCUGCUCUGCCCGCCUGCUCAGGGAUAGCAGGGCGAGCCGAGGGGGCAAGAGGGCACCGGGCGAGGGCUGGAUCAAACCAGGCAAAGGUAACGAGACGGUGGUGUGAAAAGAAGGAGAGAGAGAACGGACAAGAAUGGACUUCUACUUGCUUCUCUGUCACUUAACAAAAACUCACUCUGCCAAAGGAAAGAUGGAGAGGACCGAGAAAAGCAACAAGAGGGAUUAGCAGGAGUUUCUCAAGGAAGCCACUGGAUGUAAUGGCAUCGUAAAAGCUUGCUGAGAGUCUGCAAGCAUGGCUCACCCCCUCUAACUGCCUCUAACAGGGGCUAAGGAGGAGAAAAGUGGAGAAUUUUGGUCGUGCAUAAGUAGCAUCAGUAGCCUCUCUUCCUCUGUUUGACUUCCUUUGCACAGAGAGAUAGAGACAGCGAAAAAUGAAGGAGAAAGAGAGACGGAAAAGGAGCAUCAAUAUGCAGACCAGACACGCCAAUAAGCUGUGUAGCACCACGUCUACCUCUCUGCCUCUCUUUUCUCCAGAGCCCUCAGCAGAAGAGACUGAACCUGCUGGAUACAGUAACCCUCAUACCGUUGAGGGUCUUUUAAAGUUUUGAAUUUUACACUGGAGGGUCCUGGUGCAGACAAUAUACAGAUGAAGGCUGACGUUUCCCAAAAGCAUCUGACAACUUUUUUUAUGUCCACACGGGAAAUAUAUAAAAUGAAAUUCUAGACCAAAAGUUAUUCAAAUCUGAUGAAAACAUAUAAAAUAUGGCCUUAAAUCUGUGAUGUUUACAUUUGAACAACAAUAUUAUGCAUUUUUGUAAAUUAUUACCCUUUGUACAAUAUAAAAGAGCAGGUGAUUUUAUUUCUCAGAUUGUUUUGGGAAACCAGCUCUAAGCUGUAAUAAUGCACUAUAAUUCUAUACAAUAUGUGAAGUGUCUGUGCUUGUCACAAGUGCAUUACCAGGGACGGCAGUGAUGUAAUAAAAAAAUCCUUACACAUUAUAUUAAUAUGCAGAGAACCUUAAACAGUUUGGUCAGUUUUCAAUGUGAACGCUGCAGAAUAAAUACCUCGUAUGCGGUUAAAUUCACAAUCACCUUUCUAACAAAUAUUGUCAUGGCAAUACGGAGAAAAACAAUGAGAGAUUAUUUUUAUUAUGCGAUUAUUAUUAUGAAAAUAUCGGACCCGAGUCAUGUUGAAGUAUAAGGUUAUUAGACAAUCACUUGCCAAAAGACACAAAUAACUGUCACAGACACAAUACACACAUAGGAAUCAGUUCCCAUGAAUCUCAUCCACCAGCAGUUAUGAUCACUAAAUAAGAGUCUGUUCGUAUGUAUUUCUGUCACUUUUUAAAUCCUUUAAGUUCAAUAAGGCCGUCACAGAAGCACAAUGAAAGUAGCACUAUUAAUUAGCGUGUCUGUUCUGCCUGCAUAUCUGUCUGCGUGUCUGAUGCUCUCAUAGGCCCACUGCCUGCCUGUUUCUCUUUAAACUUGUCUACUGCAUCAUGGCUCCUUUCCCAGACAAUCAAGUCGUCCCUGGAAAAGAUUAUUGUACAUUACAUUUCAGAAUUUCAUGGACGAUAGAGACAAGAUUUCAAUUAAUUGUUUCUAGCGAUGCAUUUUGUUGAUAAUCGGCAUCUUACAACAUUUUAAUCUUGCAGUUCCUCUCUAUAACUGCUUAUAGAAUGUACUAUAAGCUCUACUUAUAAUAAGUUAUUCUGGGUCUUACUGCUGCACUCACCAAAUUUCGCAACUGGUCCUGUGCACCGUAUAUUUGCCUGACAAUCUAUCUAGCAAAGCUCUUGCGUUUCAGUGAGUCUUUGAAUGUAUAAUAUGUGGGGUGUGUGUCACAUUAUGCCUUGUACAUUUCAGUAGAGUCAAAAACAUUUGAUUUUGGGCUGUUUAAAUGUAUAAGGGCUUGAAUGGUUUGGAGCUUUGCUCCACUGUGUGUCAUUUGAAACCAGAUAGUGCCUCACACAGCCUGACACAGGUAUUUUUUACCAUGAUGUUUAGAAUGGCACAGAAAAUUACUAAAGCGUGGGCUGCCUUUUUCUAAAAUAUGCUAAAUGUAAGAGGACUCUUAGUGCAUUCAAAGAUCCUUUGGUGGUUUUUGGUUAAACCUAGAACCCUGAAAACCAGUGUUUCUCAAACCAGCAUACCAGGGCACACUUAUUACAUUUCCAAAAUCAAACAAACAUUACAUUGAGUUAAAGUGAAUUAAAUUAACCUCAGACUACCUCCCUCUCUGAGCUAAUGCAGUUUUCCUCUGAAACGUUUUCGCUGUCUACUCUGGUAUGACCGCGUCAAGCUUCAGGUGACCUUUCCAAACAAUCACUGAACAGUUGUGCCUUGAAACAUGCUGAGUGUGUGCCACAGCCUAAUGAAGAUUGAGAACCACUAGUAAUACGGAUUUGUAAAUGCUUUUUGAGAAUCCCAGAUAUGCAUCAAUGUUGGGGGUCAGUUACCAACACUGAUCGCAGCCUUUAAAGGUUCAGACUGUUCCUUUUUGUAGAAAACUCAUUGUCUUGAUGAUGUCAUCAAUGUAUUAUAAAGAAAUUGCUAAUUUAUCCUUGUGUAAAAGUGAAAAAAAAUGUAAAACUUGUUUGUUAUUUAAAAACACUUUUGUAUCAGAAGAUGAUGAAUAAAAACUUUUUGGUUUCCAAUA